UUUCUGUGCAGCAGGUCGCUCUCGGAUGGUGUGAGGGGCUCCGCGGCGCCUGGUAUAUGGAAGUUGUGGCGUGUAAGGCGAAAGAGAGCAGUUGCACAUUGCGCCCCGCAGCAGCAGCAGCAGCAGCAGCCGCCAUGCUUUUCCACGGCAUCUCCGGAGAACACAUCCAGGGCAUCAUGGAGGAAAUGGAGAGGAGAAACAAAACCGAGUCUCGCCUCGCCAAAGCUGUCCAGAUGAACGGAAGAGAAACGAGCAUGCCGUCUGUGAGCCCGGAGAAGCCCGCUCUGUGUGCCGGAUGUGGGGGUAAAAUCUCUGACCGUUAUUAUUUACUGGCGGUGGAUAAACAGUGGCACCUGCGCUGCCUCAAGUGCUGCGAGUGUAAACUGGCGCUGGAGUCCGAGCUCACGUGCUUCGCCAAGGACGGCGGCAUUUACUGCAAAGAGGAUUACUACAGAAGGUUCUCCGUGCAGCGGUGCGCGCGCUGCCACCUGGGCAUCUCGGCGUCGGAGAUGGUGAUGCGCGCGCGCGACUCCGUGUACCACCUGAGCUGCUUCACGUGCACGUCGUGCCACAAGACGCUGAGCACCGGAGACCACUUCGGCAUGAAGGAGAGUCUGGUGUACUGCCGCCUGCACUUCGAGAGCCUCGUGCACGGGGAAUACCACCAGCACCAGCAGCAGCAGCAGCACGCGCAGCUCAACUACGCGGACCUGGCUGCCAAGGGCGCGAGCCUCGCGCUGCCCUACUUCAACGGCGCGGGCACGGUGCAGAAGGGCAGGCCCCGGAAACGGAAGAGCCCCGCCAUGGGCAUCGACAUCAGCACCUACAACUCGGGUUGUAACGAGAACGAAUCUGAGCAUCUGGAUCGAGACCAGCAGGCAUACGCUCCAUCGCAGAAGACCAAACGCAUGCGCACGUCCUUCAAGCACCACCAGCUUCGCACCAUGAAGUCCUACUUCGCCAUCAAUCACAACCCCGAUGCCAAGGAUUUAAAGCAGCUUGCGCAGAAGACAGGCCUCACCAAAAGAGUGCUGCAGGUCUGGUUCCAAAACGCGCGGGCCAAAUUCAGACGGAACGUUUUGCGGCAGGAGAGCGGGGGUGUCGAGAAGGCUGACGGCACGUCACUUCCCGCACCCUCCUCCGACACUGGUGCUCUGACUCCGCCAAGCACAGCCAGCACGCUAACAGACCUGACCAAUCCCUCUAUCACCGUAGUCACCUCAGUCACCUCUAGUUUGGACAGCCACGAAUCCGGGAGUCCCCCGCAAACGACCUUGACGAACCUUUUCUAACGCAGAUUUGGGUUUUUGUCCUUUCUUGAUUGUUUUUUGUUUUAUUAUUAUUAUUAUUAUUAUUAUUAUUAUUAUUAUUAUUAUUUUAGAUUUCCUCUCCUCCCAUCCAAAUGUCACUUUUUUGUUGUUAUUUACAAAACAUACAAAACACUCUUUAAGGAACAAAUUUGAAGACGAAGCAGUUACAUCGUGUCAGAUCCAUUUUGGAUGGACUGUGUUUUGAUUUGGCAAGGAAUAAAGACAAAAGACGCCUUCAAGAUUUUGAUUUACGUUUGAUUUUUGUUUGUUUGUUUGUUUGUUUGUUUGUUUGUUUGUUUACACUUUCCAGACAGACCCAUUCACAUCAGCUAGUAUGUGAACGGCUACAACUUUGUAAACCUGCUCUGUUUUUCUCUUACUUUACUUUACUAAUUUGACAGAUUUCAUUUCCAAACUCAAUCAACCAGUGACAGUCCCAUGAUCCAUUCGCACAUAAAGAGUAUGAAAACAAAUGAGAGGGUCAACUUAAUGUGUAGCAUUAACUUGCAACCACUUGGCAGCUGAGUUUACACGUGUGUCUGUUUUUUUUCCUCUCUUUUUUAAAAAUGUAUUCACCAUGUCAGCGUUGUGUCGACAUGUUUACCGCUUCAUACGUGAAAGUGCAAACACAUCUCCGACAUCCUGUUUUGUAGUUGUUUAGGUUUCAUUGAUGAUCUGCGUUUUAUUUCCAAAAGAAAGCAUUUUACAUUCCAUACUUUUGUAUUCAACGAGUGUAGCUUUGACAAAACUCCAUCACCAUUUCUUUUACUUUUACGACUCAUGUGCCAGGUGGUGCUUCAACCUCAAGAUAGUAUUGUCUAUUGUCAUACCAGCGUGGCUCUAAUUCGGGUUAAACGAUAUCAAAACUGUGCAGUGGUAACUGUUCAAAAAAAAAAAGCUCAAAAUCCCUUCCCAUGACUUUUUGAUGGGCUACAAAGGUUGUACAGAUGAUAAUUAACAAGUAUUUUGGCGUAACUACUUUUCCGUAUGCCAUUUACUAUUCAUCUCUAUCGACUUCUAGGUUGCUUUAGUGGCAUCAAAGUGAUAAGUGUGUAAUGUAACCGUGGUGCAGCAGCUCAGGGUCAUAGAGAUCUACAUCUACAGUACUCUGUAGUCAUUUAAAAGAAAAAGAAUUACUACUUCUGAGCUUGUCGAUUGGAGAAUUGAACCAACAAAACAAACAAACGAGCGACUGGAGAAAGUUAGUCACGUUUCUUUUUUCCUCCUUAGUCUUUUUUUUUUUUUGAAUGGACACUUGCCACUGAACAGUCCAAAAACCAUGGCAGGAAAUUUGUCUGGAAGUGACAGCAAGGCAGGCGAGGGACAGUUAGGGGUUGACAAUGUGGUUGAUUGUGUGCUGGAGAGUCAGUUCUGUCUGUAGAACAAAGUGCUCCUCUAAGAUCUACUUCAUGAAAGUAGACGCCUAACUCAGUUCUACUAUGUGCCUUACGCUAUAACCUGGAAGAGAACUUGUGAAAUUCAGGAGAUACAUGUGUGUUUGUUUAAUGGAUAUCGCAUUCUUUGAACGCCUCACUAGUUUUGUACUGUUCUGUUUUUCAUCCAAGGAUCUUUCUAAUGGUGUGAUUCUGUUACAAAGGAGGCAAGCGAUGGCCUAGAAAGCAGUUGUGCACUCUUUCAAAAAUAUAGUCGGUCAAUCCGAGUAUCUUAUAUAUUGAUCUUCGUGUUAAUAGUAUGGUACGUGUUCUAUCAAGAUUGUCCAUUGUUUCCUUGUUUCUUGAAAAAAAAAGAAAAAAAAGAUGGUGUAUAGAAACUAUUUCCCAUUAAAUAUUUAUGGACCAAGCGGUUGUUAUAUCUUAUUAAAUUUGUGUGAAUAAAAAACGCCUUGCAUUGA